CACCAACAUUCUACGGCUGGAAUGCUAUUUCGACACUGACAAGAAACAUACUGCUCUUCGAUCUCAUAUAGUGCGCUAUUGCUAUCAUUGCUAUACUGAACCAUCCCUUGUUGGCUAUCUCAGAGGUUUCCAAGAUGACCAAAGACUGUCACGUUCUUCGGGUGCCCAAAACCCAAUGGGAUUUCUGUCCUUCGAUUGCAGCUGCGUAUGUGUUUGCUGUUCUAUUCGCAAUAGCUACACUUGUGCAUCUUGCCCAGGCUCUCUUGUAUCGCAAAGUGUACUGUUGGGCCAUUAUCAUGGGAAAUUUGCUCCAGUUCAUCGCCUACGUUCUGCGAGUGUUGAGCAUCAACAACGCCAACAGUCUAGGGCUUUACUCUGGAUGGUUUGUACUCAUCGCGAUUGCUCCGGUAUGGCUCAAUGCUUUUGUCUACAUGGUGAUGGGUCGAAUGGUUUGGAAUUGUACCUCUACCGGCAAGUUAGGAUUCCUCAGUGCGUGGAGGUUUGGCCAGGUCUUCUUGGGUUUGGAUAUCCUUGCUCUUGUUAUCCAGCUCUACGGCGCAGCCACAGCUGCGGAUACUACUGCGAAGCCAAGACUACAUACUUACAUGGGAGGGCUUGGCGUUCAGCAGUUCUUCAUUUGCGUGUUCCUGGUCUUCUCGCUGCGUCUCUAUGGAUGCAUACGAGGAAACAGUACAGGGAUCCAGCAGAAGCAAUUUAUUAUGCUACUCUGUGUCGAGUAUGCAGUCAUAGUGCUCAUAACUGCGCGCAUCAUAUUCCGACUUAUUGAGUACUCUAAUGGCAUCCACAGUUCGAUUCCCAGACACGAGGUGUACCAAUACUGUCUCGACUCCUUGCUGAUGUUGAUCGGAUCUACGCUGUUCAAUGUGGUGCACCCUGGAAGGAUUAUGCCUGGGGUUGCACACGACCUUCCGUCCCGGAAAGACAGGAAAUUGCGUGGCUCUUCGAAGCAGAGAGGGAACCUACUUAGCUUGGAAAGUCUUCGCGGAAACGAGAGAGCGUGA